AUGAUUUUCAUACCAACAGACAAGAUGGAAUUUUACGAGGUGUCGUUUUGGAGAAACGUGGUUCUACUGAAAAUGGCAAAGAAUAUGAAUGUUUUUGUUUCGAUCAACGAAAGCUUAUCUAUCUUAGAACUAGUGAGGGUUUGUGUCAAAGUUGGAUGA